CUGCAUUUCACAUUUCACAAUAUUUCGGAACCCCAUAAAGCGCGUGCACUGAUACAGUUUCCGACUUUUCCCGAUCCCCCACGCUGGGUUUCCCAAUAUUGGCCAGUUCGGUUCGUGUUAUGAGAAAUCCUUUUUUUGUUGCAUAGCCUUAAGGCACCGCAUGAUCUCCAGCAGCCAGAGAGAGAGAGACAAUCGUGUGAACUGCUCCCACUUGAAGAUGGCGGUUGUGAUGCUGUCUGGGACUGGAGCACAGUGCUGGAUCUGCAUUGGACGCUAACUUCAUGGAUAUAAAGACAAUGUUCAGUUUUUAUUUCUCUGUCUUCUGGACUGGACUCUUUUGGGAUUGUGUUAUUAGGGCAUAGGCACACUUUCAACACGGGCUGAAAGUGGACUGGUCUUUUCGGGGGACGGGGAGAGCCAGACGGAUAGCCAUAGCUUGCUAGCUAACACAUUGAUGGUAGUCCAGGCUGGGAGGAAAGUGGAUGAAAAUGUCGGAUACCAAGGUAAAAGUUGCAGUCAGAGUCCGACCCAUGAACCGGAGAGAAACGGAACUGCAUACGAAAUGUGUGGUGGAUAUGGAGGAUAACCAAACUGUUCUGCAUCCACCGCCUUCCAACAAUAAAGGAGAAAACAGCAGGAAACAAUCCAAGGUGUUUGCCUUUGACCACUGUUUCUGGUCCAUGGAUGAGUCCAACAUGCCCAAGUAUGCUGGUCAAGAGGUGGUGUUCCAGUGCCUUGGUGAGGGAAUCCUGGAAAACGCCUUUCAAGGAUACAAUGCCUGCAUUUUCGCCUACGGACAAACAGGGUCAGGGAAGUCCUUCUCCAUGAUGGGGAAUAAGAAGGCUCCAGGGCUGAUCCCCAGGCUGUGCUGCUCCCUGUUUGAGAGGAUCGGCCGGGAGGACAGCCAGGUUCUCUCCUUCAAGGUGGAGGUCUCCUACAUGGAGAUAUACAACGAGAAGGUCCGUGACCUGCUGGACCCUAAAGGGAGUCGUCAGUCUCUGAAGGUCAGAGAGCACAAGGUUCUGGGUCCGUAUGUGGACGGUCUGUCACAACUGGCGGUCACCAACUUUGAGGACAUUGAGGUGUUGAUGUCGGAGGGGAAUAAGUCGAGGACGGUAGCGGCCACCAAUAUGAAUGAGGAGAGCAGUCGUUCCCACGCCGUUUUCAGCAUCAUCGUCACACAGACACUCUACGACCUGAAGUCUGGGAACUCAGGGGAGAAGGUGAGCAAGAUGAGCCUGGUGGAUCUGGCUGGUAGUGAGCGUGUAUCUAAAACUGGAGCUGCAGGGGAGAGGCUGAAGGAGGGCAGCAACAUCAACAGGUCUCUUACCACACUGGGCUGUGUGAUCUCUGCGCUGGCGGACCAGUCUGCGGGGAAGGGGGGGAAGAAUAAGUUUGUUCCUUACAGAGACUCUGUCCUCACCUGGCUUCUCAAGGUCUGUACUAACACACACCUCCUACGCACGGAUCUCAUUGAGCUCCGGGAGGAAGUGGAGAAACUCAGAGUACAGCUCUCUCAGGCUGAGUCUCUAAAGGCUCCAGAGCUGAAGGAGAGGCUUCAGGAGUCAGAGAAGCUGAUCCAGGAGAUGACCGUUACCUGGGAGCAGAAACUACGCAACACAGAGGAGAUUGCUACGGAGCGUCAGCAGCAGUUAGAGAGUAUGGGGAUCUCCCUGGAGACGUCUGGGAUCAAAGUUGGAGAUGACAAGUGCUUCCUGGUCAACCUGAAUGCAGACCCCGCCCUCAAUGAGCUGCUGGUCUACUACCUAAAGGAACACACGCGUGUGGGUGCAGACACCUCUCAGGACAUCCAGCUCUUUGGGAUUGGUAUCCAGUCAGAACACUGUGUGUUGGAGAUCAGCCCAGAUGGGGGGGAGGUCACCCUCACCCCUAUAGAGAAUGCCAGAACCUGUGUGAAUGGAACCAUGACUGAGUCCUUGGUCCACCUGUGGCAUGGAGACCGCAUAUUGUGGGGCAACAACCACUUCUUCAGGAUAAACCUGCCUGGGAGGAAGCGGCGUGAGCGUCUGAAGGAGCUGGAGAGGGAACGGGCGUCCCCCAGGGAGAGCUAUGUAGAGGUAGACGUAGAGACAGACAGCGAGGCCUCCUCAGAACAGGACUACAGCUAUGAGUUCGCCCAGACGGAGGUCAUGAUGAAGACCCUGGGAAACAACGAUCCCAUGCAGAAUGUGGUCCAGGUUUUAGAGAAGCAGUACCUGGAGGAGAAACGCACAGCGCUGGAGGAACAGAGGAUGAUGUAUGAGAGAGAGCUGGAGUCACUACGGCAACAGCUGUCUCCUGAGAGGACCAAUCAGCAUCAGCGAUCCAGCAGCGAUCGCCUCACCUUCCCCACGCACACACCAUCACACCACAGCAAGAUACGCCCCUGGACUGAGGAGAGGGACGAGCUGUUUCGUCAGAGUCUGUCCAGGCUGAGGGAGCAGGUUGUCAAGGCCAACACCCUGGUGAGAGAGGCCAACUUCCUGGCAACGGAGAUGAACAAACUGACUGACUACCAGGUCACCCUCCAGAUCCCUGCAGCUAACCUCAGUGCCAACCGCAAGCGUGGAGCCAUAGUGAGUGAACCAGCCAUCCUGGUGAGGUGGAAAGGGAAGGGGACACAGGUCUGGACCAUCGACAAGCUGGACAACAAACUAGUGGACAUGAGAGACCACUACAGAGACUGGAAGGAGGGAGCUGAGGACACGCAUACCAAGCUGAACAACCACAAGCAGCACAGUGAGUCCUUCUAUGAAGCUCAGGAGAACCACAACCUGAUAGGAGUGGCCAACGUCUUUCUGGAGUGUCUGUUCCACGAUAUCAGACUACAGUACGCUGUUCCUAUCAUCAGCCAGCAGGGGGAGGUAGCCGGCAGGCUCCACGUAGAGCUGAUGCGUGUCAGCGGGGCGGUGCCGGACCGGCUGGAGGGGGGAGAUGACUCGUCAGAGAACUCCAGUGAGAGCAGCAUCUACGAUGUGAUGGACACUCAGGGAGAGAUGGUCCACAUGGCCAGGAAACUCACCUGCAGGGUACGUCUCAUACACUACUACUGUCUGUCUGGUCCUGGAGGGUUCCUGCUGUCUCCUGCCAUUGUGCCUUUGGGCAAGGCACCUAACCCUCUGACUGCUCAACGGGCUCCAUCG